AUGGGUAACAUCGACGAUCCUACCAAUAACAUCAACAAGCAAAUCCUCAACCGCCCGAUCAGGCACAACCAAUAUAUUGAAGACCCUCUCAAGCACUUCCUUUCCAUCCCUUGGGCUGCCAGACUUCUGCAAGAUCCCGAUUUGGUUGAGAUCAUCGUGCCUGACCGCUCUCACUUGCCCUCAGGGGACUUACAGUUCACACGUAAGGUCAUGAACGGACCAGGCUGUGUCCGCGCCUGCGUCGCCUUCCGUCGACCCGUACCGCCAGAACAGCUGGUAGUUAAGGUACUGUCGGUGAACGAGUCCCUUCUCAAUUCAAAUGAGUUAAAUCAAGUGAAGGGGCUGGGGAUAUUAAACGCUGAGAGGGAACGGUAUAUCGGUUCGCCUAGGCCUUGUCCGUCGGACUUUGGUUUGCUGGAAGAAGCCGGGCCUGAUUAUGGCGAGAGCAAGGAAAAGCCGUUUUUGCUGCUCAACGCGUUGUUGGACGUGGGCAAGGAUAUGACCAGCUAUGAGAACUGCCUUCACGGAGGGGCAAUCAUGGCCUUUCUAGAUGAGAGCAUGGUUUCCGCCGCGCAUAACCUUAGUAGUGAGUUCUCUCCCUCAUGUCAAUUGGCUUUAACGAGAACCGACGAGAAGGCUGACCGCAGGGGUGAUGCAGAACACGCAGUCACGGCCGAGAUGACAACUACUCUUUUGAAACCUGUCAGACUUCCCUGCAUCGUGCUUGUGAGAGCCAGAGUGAUCUCCCGGAUGGGGCGUAAAAUGGUUGCUAGAGCAGCGCUCGAGAAUGAGAAAGGCGAGAUUCUGGCUAGAUCUCAAGGAGUUCUUAUCGACAUGACGACCCACAACACCGUUGGCGGCGAAAUGGAGAAGACCCACUUCAUCCCUGCGACCUCUGCCACAAAGAAGCAACGCAUCAAGUUAUCAGACAACAAAGCCACUGCCACCAACUACAGCUUGCAUGAUGCCAACCCUGUCACUAAAAAGGCCUCAGCCACAAGGCGUGGAGCGCCCAGUCUUGCUGCCAAGGCCACGAAUACUCAGUCUGCAAAGACAGAUACUUGGGAAGUGCCCGACUCUGAGGAAGAGCGGCAUAAACCGGCCAUAAACAAGCCAGACAAGCCGAACCCCAAGAGGUCCCAGGAUGCUGUCUCAUCGAAACAGAAAUCCAAUGUCUACGAUGUCCCAGACUCCGACGAGGAUGAGCUGGCCAACCCUGCCGUGACAAGGCAGUCUCGGCUUCGUCGAUCUCACCAUGCUUCUUCUGUCCCGGCUGCUGUUGAUGCAGCGCCUCAGCCUGCUAAGGAGGAGGAUGAGCCAGAACCACCAAAGAAACGCCGUGGUCGGCCUCCUAAAAAGUUCAAGGAGUCUCAAACUUCGACAGUCAACGACGAGACGGCCAUUGUUACACGUGAGCCUAGCCCGACAGCGCCUCGACCAUCCACCCGAGCAACUGGUCGGGUAAGGCCAUCAUGCAAUGGAGCGGUCAAUAGUGACAAGACCGCUGCUGGGGUGACAGUAGUUGCGAAGGCUUCUAGCAAAGAGCCGGCAAAUGACCAUACGGACGGGCACGAGUCUCGGCCAUUGAAAGGAAUUUUGACUCCUCGAAAACAGCGAGGCGACGCAAAUCAUCUUCGGGCUGUGAAGAGUGUGGCCUUCGAUGACAAGCCAGACGAAGAUGCUCUGGAUAGCCUCGCGACCCAAACUCCAUCCAAGUCGAACAGAAAGCCCCAGCAGGAUGCUACCAGGAAACUGAAGGUCACUGAUACUGAGCCAAAAGCCAAACCUCAGGACUCAUCGCAAGAGUCCGGCGAGGAAGAGGAGGAUGAUGAGGUGUGCGCCAUCUGUCUGAAGCCCGACUCGGCCCCUCCAAACGAGAUUGUCUUCUGCGACAGCUGCGACAUGCCCGUGCACCAAGAGUGUUACGGCAUCCCAGAGAUACCCGAGGGUGAAUGGAUCUGCCGCAACUGCUCGCAAGAGGGAAUUAACUCACGGGGGGAAGGAGUUGCGUAUGAAAGUAACACAGCUAUUGGAGCACUCGAGGAGCAACGGCCGGAUAUACCUAACUUUGAUCAACACCUUCAGCUGGCUCAGAGGGUACUGCUUGAUCGCUGUGCGGGCAGGCGUCGGAUAAAGCUUCGUGGACAGGAUGAUGCCUAUAAGAAGGCUCAUCAGCUUGUUGAGCAGACUGUUGUUGCUGGUGAAGGCAACUCUAUGCUUGUGAUCGGGGCUCGCGGGUCUGGCAAGACUACGCUUGUGGAAUCUAUCAUCCAUGAUAUGGCCAAGAACCACGGAGACGACUUUCAUGUCGUCAGGUUGAACGGCUUCAUCCACACGGAUGAUAAGUUGGCAUUGCGGGAGAUCUGGCGGCAGCUGGGCAAGGAGAUGGAAGUGGAGGAUGAACUGGUCAACAAGACAACCAACUAUGCUGACACCAUGGCAUCUCUGUUGGCUCUCUUAUCUCAUCCCUCUGAGAUAGCUGAAACGCAGGAGGGCGUGACGUCCAAGUCGGUCAUCUUUGUGAUCGAUGAGUUUGAUUUGUUUGCCACUCAUCCUCGGCAAACACUGCUCUACAAUCUGUUCGACAUUGCCCAAGCCCGAAAGGCCCCUAUCGCCGUGCUUGGUCUGACCACGAGGAUUGACGUCGUCGAAAGCCUUGAAAAGCGAGUCAAGAGUCGCUUUAGCCACAGAUACGUGUAUCUGUCGUUGCCAACAAGCCUGCCGGCGUACUGGGAUAUCUGCAAACAAGGACUCACGGUCGACAACGAGGAUAUGCUAUCAGAAGGCAUCGACCCUGCCUUGGAAGGUCAUCAUGCCUUCUGGGAUUGGUGGAAUGGAAGGAUAGAAUCGCUGUACAAGACCCAGAGCUUUGCGGAUCACUUGGAAUCGUACUUCUACCGGUCAAAAUCCGUCGCAGCUUUUUUCACCAGCUGCAUCUUGCCACUUGCCAGCCUUUCGCCUACUGCGCCAUUCCUCACGAUUCCUGCCACAUCCGGUUUGGCGGCGAUCGUUUCACUUGAGCCGCCAGACUCUAAGUUACACCUCUUGAGUUCGCUCUCUGACUUGGACCUCUCAAUGCUGAUUGCAGCCGCCCGCCUCGACAUCGUGGCACAUACCGACACGGUCAACUUUGCUAUGGCGUACGACGAGUAUACGUCGCUGAUGAGCCGGCAGCGCGUGCAGUCGGCCGCCUCGGGCAUGCUGGCUCUCGGCGGCGGCGCGCGAAUAUGGGGCCGCGGAGUCGCCAGCAUGGCAUGGGAGCGUCUGGCGACUCUUGGUCUGCUCGUCCCUGCUGCGCCGGGUGGCAGAGGCAUGGCCGGCCUGGGCGGGCUGGAUGCCAAGAUGUGGAAAGUGGAUGUUGCGCUGGAGGAGAUUCCUGCUGCUGUCAAGCUAAACGCGGUGCUAGCUAGGUGGUGCAAGGAGAUUUGA